AUGACGUCGGGGGAGGGAGCUGGCCAGUGCUGAGGGGGCGCGGCGCAGAGGGGCGCGGAGCCGGGCGCCUCGGGCCCCAGAGAGCGCGGCGGCCUGGAGCCCGCAGGCCCCUGACAGCCCCCUCCCCCCGGCGGACGACGACGAGGGCGCCAGUCAUGGCGGAGCAGCGAACCGAGCGCGGGCCCUGAGCACCACCGCAUGGAGCGGGAAGAACGGCCGCCUAGCGGAGGGGGAGGCGGCGGGGGCUCCGCGGGGUUCCUGGAGCCGCCCGCCGCGCUCCCUCCGCCGCCGCGCAACGGUUUUUGUCAGGAUGAAUUGACAGAGCUCGACCCAGGAAGUAAGGUGCUACAAAAUAGUGAAGCCCACCAAACUUCAAUGUGGACAGUUUCUGUUCCAGAUGAUCGGGCUGAACCACGAACCUGUCUCAUUUGUGGGGACCGCGCAACAGGCUUGCACUAUGGAAUCAUCUCCUGUGAGGGAUGCAAAGGGUUUUUCAAGCGGAGUAUUUGCAACAAGCGGGUAUAUCGGUGCAGCCGUGACAAGAACUGUGUCAUGUCUCGGAAGCAGAGGAACAGGUGCCAGUACUGCCGCCUGCUCAAAUGCCUCCAGAUGGGGAUGAACCGGAAGGCAAUCAGAGAAGAUGGCAUGCCUGGGGGCCGGAAUAAGAGCAUUGGGCCAGUCCAGAUAUCAGAGGAAGAGAUUGAAAGGAUCAUGUCGGGGCAGGAAUUUGAGGAAGAGGCCAAUCACUGGAGCAACCAUGGUGACAGCGACCACAGUUCCCCUGGGAACAGGGCUUCCGAGAGCAACCAGCCCUCACCGGGCUCCACUCUGUCCUCCAGGUCCGUGGAACUGAAUGGAUUCCUGGCAUUCAGGGAACAGUACAUGGGGAUGUCUGUGCCUCCACAUUAUCAGUACAUACCGCACCUUUUUAACUAUUCUGCCCACUCGCCACUUCUGCCCCCGCAAGCUCGCAGCCUGGAUCCCCAGUCAUACAGUCUGAUUCACCAGCUGGUGUCAGCUGAGGACCUGGAGCCAUUGGGCACGCCCAUGUUGAUUGAGGAUGGGUACACUGUGACCCAGGCAGAGCUGUUCGCCCUGCUUUGCCGCCUGGCCGACGAGCUGCUCUUUAGGCAGAUUGCCUGGAUCAGGAAGCUGCCUUUCUUCUGCGAGCUCUCAAUCAAAGACUACACGUGCCUCCUGAGUUCCACAUGGCAGGAGUUAAUUCUGCUCUCCUCACUCACCGUUUACAGCAAGCAGAUCUUUGGGGAGCUGGCUGAUGUCACUGCCAAGUAUUCACCCUCUGAUGAAGAACUACACAGAUUUAGUGAUGAAGGGAUGGAGGUGAUCGAGCGGCUCAUCUACUUGUAUCACAAGUUCCAUCAGCUGAAGGUCAGCAAUGAGGAGUAUGCGUGCAUGAAAGCAAUUAACUUCUUAAAUCAAGACAUCAGGGGUCUGACCAGUGCCUCACAGCUGGAACAGUUGAACAAGCGAUAUUGGUACAUUUGCCAGGACUUCACUGAAUAUAAAUACACACACCAACCCAACCGCUUUCCUGACCUCAUGAUGUGCUUACCCGAGAUUCGGUAUAUUGCAGGAAAAAUGGUGAAUGUACCCUUGGAGCAGCUGCCGCUCCUCUUUAAGGUGGUGCUGCAUUCCUGCAAGACAAGUGUGGUCAAGGAGUGACCUGUCCUGGUGCCCCUCCUCAGGCCAACCGCAGAGCCGCGGGUGGGCAGGACAGGCUCCAGAAGAAGGAGCCAGAGACCAAGAUGGAGGCUGUGGAGCAGCAUUCCCGGUCGCCUCCAUAGCAAGAAGAGUGUUUGUUUGUUUGUCUGUUUUUUUAAGCUCAUUUUUCUAUAUAUUUAUUUCACGACAGAGUUGAAUGUAUGGCCUUCAACACGAUGCACAUGCUUUUGUGUGAAUGCAGCCGAUGCAUUUCCUUGCAGUUUACAGAAUGUGAAGAUGUUUAAUGUUACAGUGUUGUCAUUGUUUAAAGAUAGUUCUUUUUUGUAUUUUGAGGGAGGGUGGGAUGGGGCUGAGAUGACUAUUUCCAUAAAUGUUAACAAAGACGACUACCUCAGUGGAAAGGAGGGGUGCGGCCAUCCCUACUUUUCCCACCUGUUCUCAGCAGACUCACGUUCGUCUGUCAGAGAGCAAACUGCCUUUUUCUAGCCACAGAACUAACAGGGAAAAAGCACACACCGUAAAAGGGCAAAGUGGUGUUAGGAGGUUUACCUAGCGGAGCGGGUGAGGCAGUGUGAAAGAGGCAGGAGAUGAGGGUAUAAGCCCUCUCUUUCCUUUGGAAAGCGUGGAAGUGGAGAGAGCGGGGCACACUGACCAAGCCGAAGUUAGGCGUCCUUCCUCCAAACAAGGCCUCAGGGAGAAGGCUUUCUGUUCCCAUACCACGCUGUGGGACCCCUGCCCCACCGUCAGACCCACCACGGUCAGUUUCUCCACGGUCAGAGUCCUGGCAAUAAGGCAAUCCUUGGGACUUGUCUGCAGGCUACCUCGUUUCCUUGCCUGGGUCUACCGAGGCCUGCCUGCCUUAGAUAUCUGUCCCUCGUAAGUUUGCCUUUGCCUUUCCCUUAUCAAUUUGACUUCCUAUUGGCCCUCUGAAAAAAACAGCUAAACAAAACGUCGUGCUCUGAGUCCUGGUGCCCACUACUGAUUUAUUUUCCUAUCACCUUGCUUCAAGGGGUACUGGAGCAAAGUCCCGACUGAAAGAACAAGCACUCCUCCUUUGGAGUUCUCUGUCCCACCCCAAGACUGACUCCAAAACCUGCAGUCUUUUUCACACAGUGGAAAGGACCGUUACAUUCUACUGAUCAGAAUUUUCGCCUUUACUUUCUACUGUGAGUUCUUCUAAUCUCUCCAAAACGAGACCAGGAUUUCUCAAGACAGAGAGUCCAAGGUCCAGAGUGGCCCACCCGCCCCUUAGCUUAUCAGUAGCCUGGCUGACCGUGGCCUGGAAGGCUGGAGUCCCGAGCACCUGGAAAGGGAAGGGGGGGCCUUAAACUACCUCAUGUUCCCAAGGGCUUGGCUGCCCCCUCUCCCGGACCCCUUGUUCUUUUACUACCUGCCCCACCUGGUCCUGGGAAGUGUUCCUGGCCCUCUUGGCUCUGGACAGCAGCCACUCCAUACCCGUCUUGGAACUCUUUUGGGUACUUUUCCCUUCUCUGCCUUACUACAGCCAUUGUUCCUGCCUACACCCAGGGGCCCCAGAUGGCCAACGCAGCAGACAGACCACUGAGAGGGGUGCAUCCUGGGUGGGCCUGAGGAGCCUACAGCACCUCCUUUUGCCUCUUUAGUCAAAGACCGUUUGCUCUCUUCCGGCUUGGCCUGGCAGACUGGCCCGGUUGCCGCCACAUCGUGUGCAGACCGGUCGUCUGUGUCAGACUGUAAUUCUCUCUUCCCACUGAAAUGUUACGGGUACCAGCAGAGUGAUGACUUUGUCCCUUGAUGGAUCUAAAGCAGAGCAUUAUUCCUCAGUGCCAUUUCCCUGACUGCUCCAAGAAAGAAGGAAGAGAUGCAUUUCUCAGGAAGAGCUCUAAUCAGAGUUUGUUUCACAUAUCAAUGGGAAGUUUUUUGUGUGUAACUGUUUAUUUCUCAGUUCACAAUAGUUUUGUUUCCCUGGAUGUUUUAUUUAACCAUCUAGACCACAUUCUUUGGCUACAGGUCAGACUCCAACUGCUUUCCUCACUGUGGGGAAGAGACAAAUAUCAGAGACCCUUCUCCAAGACGGCUCCUGUGUGCACCAUCUUUCUCUGCUUAGACCUCCAUCUGUCCAAUUAUUAUUUUUUGAAAUGGCUUUUCUCUUACGCAUUUUGUCAGUGGGUUGGGUAUCAAAGGAAAUUGCUCUCUGAUGAGGCAAGAACAUGUCUCUCCAAUAAUGCAGCAUUAAACAGAGCAAGUUGUUAAUUUGUGGAGUGCGGGAAAGGUUCUGCAAGUUGCCAUUGUACAAAUCCAUCUUUACAAAUGUUUGCAGCAGAUUCCACGGAACAAAGAGCCCAUUCAUUGCCGAGUGCCCUGCAGAAUCUCCGAGCCAAGUGGCCGUGUGUUCUGAGCCAGAGCCUGACCUGUGGACCGCCUUUAAUGUGUUCUGCACCCAGUCCUUUUAUGACGUGGGCUUUUUUUAAACAGGGUAGAAUGAAUGUGUUGCAUUGCAAACUCAGGUAUUAUGAGGAGGUGGUAGGAGUGUAGCUAGCAGCGUGGAGACAUUAGGUCAGCCACUAGAUGUGUUUGCGAAUUUGGUUUGAAGGACACAGAAAGGUUGGAGGGGGAGGUUUGGUGUGUUUGUUUUUUGCCUUUCUUCCCAUAAUGUUUGGUUAACAGGUAGCCUUUUUGCUAGUGGAAGAAGAAAAAAAGUUGUGCGUGUGGUUUCUACAUUCUCCUCUCCUCUGUCCUCUCUCUGAUCUCCUGCCGCUGACAGCACUCAUUCUGAGUGAGAAUUUUUCCACCACAAAAAGAUGACCCUGAAAGCUGGUGGUCAAGGAGAAUCCCACCUCCUUGCACUGCAUUGAAACAUACAGGCCUUCCCCUUCCUUUCCCUCUGAAUGUUUUCUUGACCCAAGACAAAAAUUUGCAAUCUUGGAACUUCACCUACAACUUAGGCUCUCUGGCUCCUUUGUAGAUUUUUGGAUUCUUUCACAUGGUUUGGUGGUCUUGACCUUGGUCUGGAGAAACUCCCCAGAACCUGCCGGAAAGCACUCGACCUGGCUCAAAGGACAGAUACCCAGUCUCCAUGCCCAACCCACGAGUGAGGGACAGAAGGCAGCAGGCAGGAGCCUCCCUGCCCUGGUCUCCAGAACCAGAGAAAGAAUAGAGGGGACCGAGGGCCUCCGUGGCAUAUACUGACAGCCACCCACUCCACGCCAGCCUGCCUCUUACCUGCCACCUCCUUUCUCAGGGAGAUGACUGCCUGCUAUGUGUCACCAGGGCCUUAGAACCCUUGGGCUCUCUGAGCUUGCACCCUUGCUCCGCUACCCAUUUCUUACUGUAGUUUGUUCCUUCUUGAUUUUCUGGGGAGCGGGACAGACAGACAGGCGAGCCUAGCGUGGGCAACCCCUAGGUCACGUCCAAGGUUGGCUAAAGUAAAGGGACCCUGGUCUCCCUGUAGGUCAGGAAGCUGAGCAGUGGUUCCCAGUCUCUUCCUCCGAGCCCCUGGUUUAUGUCUUUUUUCCUUGUUUGAAUUUUGUUGCAAUUGUUUUAAGAAAUCCAGUCUUUUUUAGACCAGCCCUUUUAUUUUCUUUAUUGAUUUUUUAAAGUAAAAAAAAAAAAUCUCAAAAACAAAAAACUAAACAAAAAAAUUACUACCCUUACUUUCCCCAAAUGACCUAUGAGCCUCCCCUGCACGCCCCUCUGCCUUUGCAGUUGAUCGUUCUUCCCAUUUUCCUCAACUUGAAGCUAGAUCUCUAUCCAGUGUCUGUGAAUGAUGUUUGUCUGUGUCUCGGGAUGAGAACCAGCGAUCAUUCCACCAGGUGCUGGGAACUGGUCAGCCUUGAGGCGAGGGUUUCUAGGGCCACAGCUCAGGGAUGUGUAUUUAAUUACAGGGUCCCCAGAAACCCCUCUCUUGGCCACCACGAGCAGUAGCUUCUUUUCUGGGCUUGGGAGCCAAACCUGGACCGUUUCCUCAGAGGCUGGAGCCCCACGGAGCACUCCGGGGCCGGGGCAAGCUGGGGCUUCCUCUGGGGCCGUUCCUGGGCUACCUAGAGACUUGACAACUGACUGGCCUGGGACAUGAGCCACAGCGACCCUGCUUCUGCCCACACAUAAGAUUCCUGGUCCCUCUGCCCAAUCCAGUUCUUGUCUGGCCUGCAGCCCUAAUGGGCCGCAGCCAGCUCGGGAAUCAUUCACAGGCUCAAAAAGAAGCUGUGAGUCGGACCACAGCUUGCUCCAAGCCCAAGAGAAAAGUUGUGUUACUGGUAGAAGCUAGUCUUCCAAGUCCUGGAGCCAGCCCUGCCAGCCAAAGUAUCAAUUUUUGCCCUUUUGUGAUCGUUAUUCCUUCCUCUGAAAUGUUUUAUAAUAGGUGAUGAUGUUGUUGACUCAAAUUUCCAUGAAAAACAAAAAAAUACUACCUCUUGAGUGACAUCCUGGUCGAUUCCUCUCUGAGAAAUCCUGUGGGGGAAAACGUCGUAGCUCCUGCUCUGUUUCCAUGUUUCCAUCGGGAGAGAAGCCCUUCCUGCGUGGGGCGUUGGAGUUUUGGUCUGUGUUGCCAUCCCAGGCCUGUGAUAGGGGCUUGUGGGUGCGUCGUGAUGUUGGGCCGCAUCUCAGCAGUCCUUCACACCUGCCCGGCCUGUGACAAGCGGCCCCCUGAAGGGGCCUCUGUUUCCCUUCUACCAUCCAAGACGCAGGAAGCACAGCCCUACCAUCGGGGACCCUGGUGGCACGUGUAUCCCCAAGCUGACCCCUGGGCUACGUGUCCGAGAUCCACCUCUACCCACAGUCCUGUGUAGGAAUCAAGUGAACGGAUGUCUGAGCCCUUGUCCCCAAAGGGCCGGCCAAGGGCUUCCUGCCAGCCUGGCUCCAUCAGCCCUGCACGACCAGACGCUAGUUGGCGAGCGCUGCAGGCUGCCCGGGCCCUCUGCUACCUCCCACCCUGCCGACCAGCGAGGGAUGGGCCCUUUUCUGUGAAUUGACUACCUGUGGAAAUGUGACCAAUUAGUGUGAAAUGCAUGUUUAGAAAAUGUUAGGUACUGUAUUUGAACCAAUAAAUGUGAAUCCUGCA